CUCGUUAGCUUCCUGAGCAGAUGGAGGAGCCUGCCUGGGUGUCUGAGGUUACCAGGAGACAGCUGCUCCGGCGAUUACUCAGUACCCCAGUGGAAGCUGGCGUGCACUGGGAACGGGCAGGGAGCCCUGGGAGCACCCGCUCAGCAUGGCAGCGAGUGCAAGCACUGGAGACACCAAACCGUCCCGUGGCCCCUCGGGGGGGAGGCUGCUGGCCCGGCCACCAGCUGUGGGAGCUGGCACUGCCCAUCCUGGGUGGGGGACGGGAGCUUACAGCUGACAACGACGUGCCCGGCUCUCCCCAGCAGGUUUAAGAUCUCCAAGAUCAUCGUGGUGGGAGACCUGUCAGUGGGCAAGACCUGCUUAAUCAACCGGUUCUGCAAGGACACAUUCGAUAAGAACUACAAGGCGACCAUCGGGGUGGACUUCGAGAUGGAGCGCUUUGAGGUGCUUGGCGUCCCCUUCAGCUUACAGCUGUGGGACACGGCCGGCCAGGAGAGGUUCAAGUGCAUCGCAUCCACCUACUACCGCGGAGCACAAGCGAUAGUGAUUGUGUUCGAUGUGAACGACGUGGCGUCUCUAGCGCACACCAGGUACGGUAACGCCAGCUGAGGGGGCGAAGGGACUCUUCUUGCAGGGAGCGGGGUUGGCUGCCGGGGGCAGGG